AUGGCGGCUUUGCUCAAUUACUUACCCUUCUUCAAGAAGGAAGAGCAACGUCCUCUCCCCAACAUUGUUGAGUCAGAUGACAUCAUUCCAGUGCACUUGUUCGACGAUACUGCAGCGGCGAGGGGAAUCGUGCUGGUAUGGACUUUGCAGUUCGAAGACGUAUUGAACCCCCAUAAAUUGAACGAUGCUUUGUCCAAGCUCUUUGAAAGAGACGGAUGGCGUAGGUUGGGUGGAAGAUUUCGGCAAAGGUCAGACGGCGGACUCGAGAUACAUGUCCCGCAAGAAUUUACAGAAGAGCGGCCAGCAGUUUAUUUCACCCAAGAAGAAUAUGAAACCCCAAUGUCAGAACAUCCGCUGGCUUCACGAUUACCCAAGCCCACUGGGAGUAUCUCUACUUAUACUGGACCGAAAGAAUUCUGUGCCCUUGGACUACGCCCUGAGACGCCUCGCAACAUGGAUGACUAUGUUCAUUCUGACAUACCUCAAUUCUGUCUCCAUGUGCAAACCUUCACCGAUGGCACUCUUGUCAACUUGACGUUUUCCCAUGUGACAACCGACCUGAUGGGGUUGUCUGCCAUAUUCGAGGGUUGGAGUCAAGUCCUUGCUGGGAAGCCAGAAGCUGUCAUCCACAUGCCAGGAUACCGGAAAGAUGUGUUUGACGACAUGCUUAAGUCGCCAUCCAUGGAACACCAUGUUCUUGCAGACAAGAUUCUUGAUGGCUGGCGUUUCAAAGCCUGGGGCCUACGGAGCCUGUAUGAAUCGUGGAGAUCCGGCGACAUUCAGUCGCGGACUCUGUGUAUCCCGAAACAUACAGUUAGUAGGAUGAUGCAGCAAGCGAGAGGCCACCUGGAAGAGGACUGGAAUAAUGGGAAGCCUUUCAUCAGCGAAGGUGACGUCUUCGCCGCUCUUUCUUGCCUCAUGCUGGCCAAGUACCAAGGUCAGGACACGAAUCGAGAGCUGGCAACUAUCAUGGCUGUUGACCCUCGAAGUCGAGCCCGAUCGAUAUUCUUACCAGACAAAGCCUACGUACAGAACUCUCCUACCAAUGCCUUUGUGUUCUGUCGUGCAAACGAAAUGUUGGACCUACCACUGGGGAAACUUGCUCUCCAAGUGCGAGAGGCCAUACAAGCACAGACCACAGAGGAACAGCUGAAAGCCUCAACAGCGCUCUCAGUGGAGUCUAUGAAGACAAACAAUAUGCCUGUCGUCUUUGGAAGCACCAACAUGGCUGCCCAGUUCAUGUCGAAUUGGAGCAAGGGUGACCUUGCUGGAAAGUUGGACUUCAGCCCCGCGAUAGAGCAAGAGGUAAGCCCUGAGUCUAGAAGGGGGAAGAGAGGACAUCCUGUGUAUUAUCAGGCUUCUGAUCCCGGACAUAAUACUGUCUCUGCCAUAUCUAGCGUGUUUGUUGUUGUUGGUAAGGACUACGAAGGGAACACUUGGUUUUCCAACUCGUUGCCGCAAAAGAUGUGGGUAGACUUGAUGGAAUAUCUUGAGCAGUUCGGUCAUGCUGGUCGAGAGUCUAAACUUUGA